AUUGCUUUUUGCCGCAGCCAGCCGCUGAUCGAUAGCGAUCGUUUAAAAGGUGUCGCGUGCAAGCGCUGUCCACAGCUUUGCACCUUCCAAGAGUGCACGCUGCGGCAACUAGUGAGUGCACCACACUCACUGCAGCAGCAGCACCAUGGCUGCCGAGCAGGAGCCGGUCUACCUCAUCGUCGCCGAGAACGCGACGACGUGCCGGAACAUCUUGGCGCGCGGCGGCUGCGACCGCUGCGCGCUGCGGCACUGCGCGCCGCCGUGGGCGCUCUACGACGCGGCGCCGGCCACGCUGCGCGGGGCGCUGCGGUCGGCGCUCGACGUCCCGCAGAACGAGGGCUGCUCCCUCUGCCUCGGCGCCUUGGCGGAGACGACGGCCCGGGCUGUUGCACAUGCAUCGAGCGAGCACGCGGGCCUCGGCGCCGCCCGCGGCUGGGCGCUCCGCGUCGCGGCGCCGCCGUCGUGGGCCGUCCGCGACGCCGCGGCCGGCGGGACGACGCACUCGGUCAAGGACGCGCUGCGGCGCGUCGUCGCCGCGGACCUCGACCGCCUGUCGCCGCCCAGUAAUUCGGAGGCCGCACCACCGGCGCCCUGCUACUUCGACCUGGCCUUCGACGGCGCGCCGGACGACGUCGCCGCGCUGCCGGCGCGGCUCCGGCCAAAGCCGCCGAAGCAGAAGGGCCGCGGCAAGCGCCCGAGGCGCGCGCCGGAGCCCGUGCCGGCGGCGCGCGUCGCCGCCGCGCUCGAGGCUCUAGAUGCCGACGAGCGCGCGGCGCUCGCAUCAAUUCUCACCACGUCUCCGCCCGUCCGCGUCGAUGUCAAGUGCGCGCGCGAGCCCGUCUAUCUGGCCUUCCGCUACCGGAAGUUGGGGCGGCGCACGCCGCAGUCGAGUUGGGUCGUCGACGGGCGCGUCAAGGGCGUUGGGUCGGUCGAGGAAUAUGUUUGUAAGGCGGCGAAGGCCGUGGCCGACUGCGACGGCGUCAAAUUCGCCGCGUCGGGCCGCGAGGACUGGGACGUGCGCAUGCUGGGCAACGGGCGGCCGGCCUACGCCGAGCUGCAGAAUUGUCGAAAGUGGUCUUCCACGGACGUCGUCGGAGACUUCGCGCGCGAAGUGGCCAAGGCUUCAAACGGUGUAGUGGAGGCCCUACACGUCGAAAUCGCGGACAAGGCCAGGGCCGACGCCGUCAACGCUUCAGCUGAAACAAAAGUGAAGACUUAUGCGUGCGUCGUGUGGUUUUCUGCGGAUCGGUCGGCCGAGGACGCGCGGCGCGUGUCGGCGAGCGCGCCCCUGGCCGUUCAGCAGAGGACGCCCGUCCGCGUGAUGCACUCGCGGUCGCUGGCGACGCGCGAGAAGCGCGUGCUGCGGCUGAAGCUGACGAUGACCAACCCGCGGUUCGGCGUCCUGGAGUUGGAUACGAGCGCAGGGAUGUAUAUCAAGGAGUUCGUCCAUGGCGAUCUGGGCCGCACGGAGCCGUCGCUCGCGUCGUUGGCGGGCUGCGACGCGGACAUCCUCCAGCUCGACGUGCUCGACGUGCACGACGACGUCGCCGCCGCGUCUAGUUCUAGUUAG